GUUGCGGGGGAAGGGGGCCGCGCAUGCGCUGCUGGCGAGGGCGGGGUGGGCGGCGGCGGGGCGCCAGCGGAGGGCGAGCGGCGCGGGGCGCCGAGGGCUGCGGGGCGGCUGCUGGCGGCGCGCGGCCGGGACUGGAGCCAGAGCCGGAGCCGGCUGCGCCGUGCCCCGCCCCGCCGCCCGCUGAUGUGGGCUGCGGAGCCCCCGACCGCGGCUCCCUCCCCGUCCGGCCGCAGUACCGACUCUGCCUCCGCCGCCCCGCCCGACAGCCUCCUCACGCCCUCCAGCCCCGGCGGCAGCCUCGGCUCCGGCUCCUCCGUGCCGCCCGACAGCCUCCCGGCCUCGCCCGGCCUCGCCGGCAGCCGCCAGUCGCCCGGCGUCCCGUGUGACAGCCUCGAGUGUCCCUGCUGCCGCUGCGGCAGCCCGGCAUCGGCCAGCGCCUGCGAGGACAGCCUGCAGCCCCGCUCCGGGCGGUGCGGCGGCCGCCCCCGCAGCCUCUGGGACAGCCUGGAGUCCCCCGGCGCCCCGCACGACAGCCUCCAGUCGGUCUCCAGCCUGCGGGAGAGCUCCGGGGCCGCCGGCAGCAGCCGCGAUAGCCUUGAAUCCCUCUCCAGCCUGUGCAGCAGCUCCGGCAGCCGACACGGCAGCCUCGAGUUUGCCAGCCCGUGAGGCGGCCCUCGUCCUUCCCCUCCGAUGCCCGAGCCUCCGCCUCGCUGCCAGCUACUGCGAGAGCUUCCAGGUUUCUGCCCUUCACCGCAGGAGGCUGCGUUGCGCCCGGGCAUUCUUGCGGCAGCCAGCGCAGUAACCCCGAGCACCCUCCGCUCUGGCCGUCCUUCCCAGGUUAGGUGCUCCAGAGAGGCAGUACUCAGUACCUGCGGCGUCAACCUCAGCUCUUUGUCGUCGGUUAAGAAUGGAGGUACGUGGUCCUCGGAGGAGCCCCAGCUACCUCUCUGACCUCUACCAGAACAUGCUACAGGCUGAGGCCGUGCCGGGACGAGGGCAGCAGCAGCCCCAGGCAGCUCACGCAAGUAGCAGCGUGAGUCUUCUGAGCAGCGUCCCAGCCAAGGGGGGCUCGCAGCCCCGCCGGCUUCAGAGCAGCGCUGCCACCAGCUGCGACCCGGCAUUACGGCCUAUCAUACGCCGCCGAGCGAGGUCUUUGCCUACAUCACCUGAGAGGAGAAAGCGAGCGGGAGUGCAGUGCCGAGUUCCGGGAUGUGAGGGUCGUGCGAACAGGGUGAGAUUUGCUGACGCUUUGGGCUUGGAGCUGACUGAAGUGAAAGUCUUCCAGACUGGAGAGGAUCCGUCAGUCCCCUUGCAUGUCCUUUCCAGGCUCUCUAUAAACUCAGACCUCUGGUGCAGCAGCUUGGACCUGGAGUUCACCAUGCAGUGCUUGGUGCCUGACUUCCAGCAGCCUGCAGACUGCACGGAUUUCUCUGCCCGACUUCAGGAGCAACAGGUGUGUCUUGAACGAGUGACCAGUUCAGAUUUGGGGCUCAGUGGCACCAUCCAAGUUUGUAAUAUUGCUUUUGAGAAGAAGGUAUCUGUGCGAUACACCUUCAAUCAGUGGAAAAGCGUCCAUGAAGUGUGUGCUCAUUGGCAUAACAGCAUCCCUGAGAAAAAUGGGCAGGCUCAGGUUGAUGUUUUCACUUUUUUUCUCCCUGUACCUCCUUUCCUCCUUCACCUGUGCUCUGUAGUCCAAUUUGCAGCAAGAUACCAAGUCAACGGGCAGGAGUACUGGGAUAACAACAGAGGCAAAAACUACAGUUUUACCUGCUGGAAUUAUCCCCUUAAGAUGCCUAGAGAAUGUGAGGAGAGCUGGAUCCACUUCAUCUGAGCAAAGGCAAUGGGAUGCCGAGCAGCUUUUGAAUAGCCUUAUUCUCAUCCCUCGCAUUGCUCUGUGCUUCUGUGGCCUACAACCUCCUUUUUGAAACCUGCCAGACCUGGGAAAGCGUUUCAGAACAGGAAAGUAGCCAAUGAUGUGUACAAACUGUUCUAACUUCUCAGACAGUAUAAAGGGCCAAAAUGCAUACUGAGUUACAUCCGUUGAAAGCCCACGCGAUUUCUUGUAGAGUGUGAAUCAGGGCAGAAUGGUUAAAAGGGAUGCUGUCGGACUAAAUAUCUGAGAGCAAAGAAAGAGACUUUUAUGUUGCUAAUAGUAUUUUGGAGUGCAUAAAAUAUUUGUAACCAGUCUAUUUUACCAUUUUGUAAUGUCUGGUUUUUUAAAUGGACAGUGUGGCUUUACUGUUUUUAUUUCUAUUUUUGUUUAUGUUAUCUCACCAAGUCUGGGCACUAUUCCAGCUUAGCAAAAUUUGGAUGGCAGCCACUGUAGGGAAGUAUUUGUAUUUAUACAAGUAUAUUUUCUUAAUGUUUUAGCCACGUUAAGUGUUUCUAUUAAUAUAAUUAAAUUUCUUCAAUUAAUAACCCAAAUGAGCUAAAACAAGAAAAUGUCCCAGCUGCUCCUGUGUUUCCCUUUUAAAAAAGAAGUUUUUUAACCAUGUGCCUUUUCUCAUCUCUCAUGUUUGCUACAGGCAGCAGGAGUGAUUUAAGCAUAUACAAGGCUGACUUACAAGGGGGAACUUCCCCUUAUAUAUAAGGGGAAGUUAUCAUCUUUUUUGGGUGAUGUACGAGUAGGCUUUUUCUCCAGGGAAAUGGCACUGUCCUUUCCUUGUGCAGCUGUUUUUAUUAAGGGAAACUAGAGCAAUUUUGCACUUGUGUUGCAGUUACACUUGAUCUCAAAGCACUACAUGAAUGCUAAUGAUCUUACACCCACACCGGAAACUUAUAAAAUUUAUAAAUCAAGACACUGGUAUGAAAGACAAACUAUAAAGACAGUGCAGUGAGCUGGCCGCAGAGCCUUCGAAUAGAGUGCUAGGACCCUGUUCCCUGGUGUCCCUGUACUACUGCAGUGGCACUUUCGAGUUCUGUAAUCCACUGUUACUGAUUAUAAACUAGUUGAACUCCAAGACUGUCCUGUGAACACAAAAUGAGAACUUCAAAGGAAAAUUAUGAUUUUACUGGUAAAUUGGUGCUUACAUGGAUCCACAAACAAUUUUGCAGCAGUGAGAGCAGAGUAACACAGAACAGUCUGCCUGAUACAUAGCUUAUCGCUGUGCUACUUCCCUGCUGAGGAAACCUAGUAAAUAAAAACUGUCCAUGAAUGCUUUAAUGCAUAUUCUUCACUUCAUGCAAAGUUUAGCUUUAUAAGUAUAGCAUAAGUUUUUACAACUCUUUGGCUGGGUAUAUUAGAAGAGUUGCUUUUCGGAAGGAAUAUACUAUGAAAUUCAUUUUGGAUUGCUGCUUAUUCACCAAAAUCACAGGUUAUUUUUAAAAUCAAGAUUGUAGGCAACACACAGCCAAGUACAUAUUAGUCCAAAAAGUCCACUGAGUCAUUUUGGAAUUGCGGAAACCCUAAGAAGCAUCAUGUGUUUGGCAACUUAAUGUUAUUACUUAGCUGUGAUUCCCAUUUAACAAGGCCAGGAUUUCAAGUGAACUAGUUGCCCAGUUCCAUUAAUCUGUAGCUUUCAGAGCCUGAAGUCAUGAGUGGUGAUUCUGUGAGCUACAGAGCAUCUCUUCAAAGUACUGAGGAAACUCAAUCCAAUUUGAAACAAUUGAGAAUUGACCGUGUUGUCAUGUUGCAGGAUAGAACUAACCCUCUGCCAAUUAAUUUGGACUUCUGCAUUUGGCAUUAUGUUGUUUGUAUUUUGAAUUUUUGAAACAUGUUUAUAGUUUGUUUCAUACCUGCUGUCCAAUGUAGACAGCUCUGAAAUUGAUUUCAAAACAAAAUUCUUGAAUUAGAAAUACUUUCCAUGUAUUAGGGUAGUCAGCCAGCCUUCUAGGGUAAUUAAAUGUGUUCUUUGCUUGGAUGUCAUCUCAGUAGGUGAGAGAUUUAUUCCAAAAAAAUCUUUUGAUAAAAUUUGAAAUUCAUGUAUUUGUUUUCAUACUCUAUUUCGAAUGGUCAUUUCUGUUAGCAAUUGCUGUUACUGGAGUGGCUGCUUAUGUGCCUUUUUGAUUUCUGAACUAAGUGAAGCAUCUGAAAAUCACUAAGCUCAUUUAUAAAAGUUACAUAGUUAUUCAGUAUAGCAGUGGAAAUGCAAGAUGUGUUUUGAAUGUCUUAUUUUCAGCUGUACUGGGCAUUUGUCAGUACUUGAAUUCAGUUUCAGCUGCAAGUACUUUCUGCUUCUGAAAGUCAGGUUCUGAUUAUUGCUCUUAUAAGCUUUUCUACCUUUAGUAACAAUAGAUUUUAUUGCUUGUAGCUGUAGUGUUCGGUUACAUGUGUGUCAGUGGUUAUCUAUUACUAGGGAAUGGUAAAAAUCAUCAUUUCUUUGUUGGUGUUUUGUAUUGGAGCGUUCUGAGGUUAUAAGUUUAGGCUGAAACGGUUUUGAAGGAGUAACACAACUACUCUAUCAGGGUAUUUCUUAACCAUUAGGUCUAAGGCAGGUAGAGCACUCAAGAGUUUGGGAUGAGGUGUGAUUGGCUACUGCACAGAUUGAAGGGCUGCUGUAGACUUUCGAUCCACCUGCAUUAUUUUCUGCAUCUGGGUCACAGGAGUGACCAUUACCAAUCUGGGAGCAGCAAUUGUGUCCUGUAGGAAUCAAUACAGGGAACUGAGAAGUUUGGUCUUCCUCGUAUGCCAGAAAAGAAUAAGCAGCUCUGUAAGACGGGGCACUAUCAAAUUGUAAGGUUUGUUGCCUCCUAUGGCAGGCUUAGUAUGACGAUAUAUGACAUAUACAUCUAAUCUCUUCACCCUAAACUCUCUUUUUAGUCAGUGUUGAUGUAGUCAAUAUAGUCAGUAGACAAACUGUUGUCUCCACUGAAUGCAGGGAUAACAUCGGGGCACUAGUUCAGACAUAAUUCUUAGCAUUAGUGCAAACCAUGCCAAAUUAUGCCAAGCAGGUUCUGUAGACAUAAAGUCAGGUGAGAUGAAUCACACCUUCAGUGACUGUGGAAGAAUCUUGAUAUAAACUGAAUUUUGUUCCAUUACUUUGGUGAAACUUGCUCACUUAAGUAAUUUCAUUAGAGUUUAUCUAGUGUUAGUAAUGUCUAUAGAAGUGGAGGUUUAUAUUUUUGUCCGAAAAGACAACAAUGAACAUGCGGAUAGAAGCACUUGUGUUGAAUAAAAGACACUGUUUUAAAGUGUUGUUCCCCCUUUCCUCCCACAGUCACCAUAUUUCUUCCAUUUGUCAGAGCAUUGAAUUGCCUGCCAGAACACUGAAUUGCCUCCCAGCACACCAUUAAAAAUCUGAGACUUGUACUGAACACCAAUUUACCAUGGAUGUUGCUGGAACCCAAUACGAUACUUGACUUAUUGGUAGAAAUACCCUGUGGCCAUCUUCUGGGAGAGAAUCAUUCAUGUGCUAGCAAACAUCAAAAUCCUAGUGUUGUUGCAGACAGAGACAGAUUUUGUAAAGCCAUGGCUAUCGGUUUAAAGGUUAAUGUCAUGUAUAUCACAGUGUCAGAGAGAGGGCAGAACUGAAUGGCUCAGCAAUAUAAGCUUGGCUUGUAUUGUCUUCCUUCUGCAACCUCUCAGAGCAUUUGCACAUGCAAAAUCUUGAGUAUUAAAGUAUUAUUCCAAGAUUGCCUUUUAUCUCUUUGCUUGUCUUGCACUGCUGGAGAAGAAUUGAAAGUAGCUGUUACUAAAUCAGUUGUUUGGCAUUGCUGACUCCGAGUUAAGCAGGCCUAACAUAAUAGAACUGAGAGCAAUCUCUCAAUUCAGUAUAUGAAAAAGCUUUUCUUUAAAGUGAUCCUAAAUUGUUAAUAUUCACACAUUAGAACUGACUCCUGUUACAUGAAAGAUGAAAUUUGCACUCAUUUUUCCCUUCACUCAACAGUGAAAAUCAAAAGGAUUCUAGUUGACAAAAAAGAUAGUAAGCCAUUAAGUAGUGGUAACAGGUACCUAUCAUGAUGGUAAACUUAUGACCACCUUUAUAAAAGCUCAGGGCAACUUGACUCCUUGCACUGUGUUCAAACUGAGCACUUCCCUUAUAACCAGGAUUUUGUAAUAGUUACUUCUUCACAGAGGUUACUGUCAUAUAAUGCACUUUAAAAAAAACCCUGUAUUUAUUAUAGUCAUACAAUAAAUGAAUGUGUAGUAGUCCACAAUUUCAGGGCUCUUUCAGCCAUGUUUUUUAAACACUUGGAAUCUGUGUAAAUGAGAAGGAGUUGUCUUAACUGAUUAAAUGUCUUGUCCAGAAUAAAAUACAUUAUGCAAUAUGUCAGUAAAGCACAUAUAUUAGGCAAAAGGUCAUUUUGUUUUAGUGGAGAGUUGUAAAAUUGUGAAGUGCUUAAUUCAUUUAAAAACAAUAAUAAAAUUAUUGCUAUUUUAAUACAAGAGAUUGUCAUAGAAGUGUUCCACUGUUUUUUGUUGUCUUUGCUUAAUAGUAUUCCUGCUAGACAGUACUGGUCAUCAGGCAACUCAGUGCUGAGUUACUGCCUACAGAGUAAUGUAUCCAGCUUAGAAAAUAUGGUGGGUGGGUUCAAUAAUUGCUAGAAAAUGACCAGCACUUGAAAAAAUUAGUGAUUAGUCUGUAUAACCACAAAAAUGACCAUGCUUACAGGGAAUUUGCUGUCAUUUCACCUUCAAGUUCUAUGCAUAUAGCAGCUAUAGGAUUAAAAUCUGAUGCUGAAAAAGGCAAUCUGCCAGUUGAUUUUAAUAUGGUUGCAAGGAAGAGAGUCUCUAACAACACUUCCCAAAACUGUGCUACAGACUCUUAACUCUUUAAUUUCUAAGCCUCACCGUCCAAUUGUGUUAUUCUUUCCUCAUUUUGUUCUUCUUGUUUCUGUUGCUUCAGUCUUUGUCUCCUUUCAGACCAUGUUGUUUUCAGUCACAGGUUUCAUUAAAAUAUAUCUACCUAAAGUAUGUUAAGAGACUGUUCAUAUCUACAGUAACUGACCCUAACUUGUAGUAAUUCUUAAAUGUGAAUUCUGAUUUAUCCUCUAUCUGAAAUGCAUCUCCUUCAAUGCUGAGCAGUUAUUUGAUACAGUUCAAGAUUUGAAUAAUCUGUUGUGAGGUUUCUUUUUAAUGGAAAAUUGAAAUAUUUCAUUCGAAGACAUAAUACAGACAUAUUACUAGUUACUGUUUGUUUGGGAUAAAGAUGGUUAUUGCAAAUAGCAGAUUAAAUGCACCAGCGUGUUUAUAUUAAGUUGUUUUAGAAUUUCAGUGUAAUUUUUAUUAUAAAGUACACAGAUAAUGUGAUAUAUUAUAUAUAAAAAUAUAUAUGCAUGUUGAUGCAUAAAGGAGAGUGCCACUCUUUUCCUAUACUAUUGAUCUGAAUCAGAACUAGCCGUGCUGCCUUCAUUGUCGUUACUUUAUCCACUAAGAUACAAUAUUAAGCAUCACCUAGAAAUAAAUAUGGUAAUUAUUGUGUAGACUAGCUAGGAGACCAGCAAGGGAUAAAAAUAGCGAUCUUUGAUUUUAACAAAUCACUUGAAAACAACGUGAAUUUAUUUUAGCAUGUAUUGUAUGAGUGUGCAGGCAGACAUAUCAAAAAAACACCACAAUUCAGAGUAUUUAAGGGCAGGAUAUUCUAAUUCCUUUAUGUCAUCUAAGAUCUCCAUAUAUCUAGAUAACCAGCAAUAAAAAUAUCAAUACUAUUUUGCUGAGCUGAGUUUUCAAGACUUUGACAUGGCUUUAGCUGUGAACAUCCAACAGUCGGCUUUAUCUUACAGGUAGUUAGUGUUAUUUCUAAUACAGAUGUUAUUUUUACAUGUAACUUCAAAUUCAUAGUUUCUGUAUUUUACAAAGAAAAAAAUUAGAUUCUAACUUCUAGUAACAUGCUAAUACUCUAUUGCAGCUACAGUACUUAAUUUAAUGUUUCUUCAGUGCUUAACACUUGCACAUACUUUCCAGCUUUGCCUGUUAAAGACAGAGAACAGCAAGUUUAAAUGAUUACUCAGUUCUCAGCAUGAGUCUAAUGUUAGAACUAGCUUCUUUCCCGAUUUGGCCUUCUGCUUGUGAUCUCAGACCUGCAACUAUUUCUGCUGAUACUUGAUAUUAAAACUAUUUGCCAUAAACGCUUUUGACCCUUCUUAGUUGUACAUACAACAGCAGCUGUGCUGAAGAUUGAUUAUAUUGACUUUUAUGAUAUUUUUCAGUAUCUCUAAUGAAGUUAAAUAUUUGUGCUACUAUAGUGAAGAAGGAGUUCCUGUACAUAGUCCUAAAGACAAUUUUGCUUCCUUUUUCUCUGCACUUUUUAAGCAUUUUUUAUGCCCAAAUAAUCCCUUCCAAAGGAAUUGCCUGCAGAAGGGCCACUGAACAUUUUAAAUGGGAAUGCUGGGAUAUGGAAAUGGAAAGGUAUUUGCCAGCAUUUUGUGCAAGCCCUUCUAGCUGUACGUGCAGAGGAGAACUGAUGGCUUUUGUUGCUUUCUCCAGUCUGUUUAAUGCAAAACUGAAUGAAAAGUCUGCUUUCUGUUGACCUUUUUUCUCUCUCUGCUAAACAAAACAAAUGUUAAAGAAUUAGACAUGAACAUAGAGUAGCCUCUCAGUCAUGUCAGACAUAAUUAUAAUAGCAAAGAUGCAUGUACCUGGUGCGGGAGGGAAAGUGUAUGGUCGAGUUCUCCUCCCUUUCUUUAUGGCUGACUUUUGUUUUGGAAUGAGGAAGGCUGUUUUCUUUAAAAGAUACAAGUCUGGGGAUAGUCUGAGCAUGUGUGUACUCUACUGUGACUCAUAAGGGAAAGCAUUAAAUUAGCUUUUAUUUACUUCUGCUUCAUACAGUGAAAAUAGAAUUCAGUAGAGUUUUCUAGAAAACUUCUGAGGCUCAAAGCUUCUCCUGCAAAAUGCUGUCCCUAGGAGGUUUCUCAAUAAAGCUGUACUUCUAGAGAUGUGCUUCAAACCACCCAUGUAUCUUUUAAUAAAGCUAUCCCAACAGAAAGUGUGAUAGCAGUUAAUGCUGCAGUUAAUCCUUUCAGGUGAAUAUGCCUCCAGCCAAAUGCUCAGUACUCAUCUUUGCUGAGGAGUUGACUUCAUAGGAGAGACACGUAAAUUCUCAUGGCAAUUGUCAUUUACUUGAAUUAUAGUGACAUCUGGUGAUAUUUUGAACAGUUUCUGUACAGCAUUUUUUGUCAUUUAUGGUAUUUCUUCUCCUUUUAGAAAAUUAGUGGCAUUAUUUACAAUACAGUUGGUAUUAAUCCAACUGUUGGACUUCAUUUAAGCAUGCCAGCCAGUUCCCUGUGUAUAAUAAAGACCAUGAAUGUCAA